CCAGCAUCCAUGGCUGGCGGCCCUCUGACUGGCAACCACCAUCGCCCAGCCUACAGGCGACCAUCAACCCCGCGCACUGCCAUCGCCUCAAGCUGCCACACGUCACCGUGCGGGUGGAGAACAGCACGUGGGUGCAGGAGACGAUCAUCGAGGGCGUGCAUGCGUGCCACCCCUGCCCGCUCUCCUGCGCCUUCACGCGUGCGCGCCCCCUCGCCACGCACCCCGACGCCCUGCUCUUCGAGGGCGUGCUGCCGCCCUCGCCCUCCAAGCCCGCCCACCCCCUGCACGUCUACAUGAACCUCGAGGCCCACCCCUGGGGUGAACCCCCCGCAGGGACUGACGGAGAGGGGGAGAAGGCUGGGACCGGGGAGAAGGGGAAGGACGGAAAGGUGGGGGAAGGAGGGGAGGGGAGUGACAGGGUGGGUGCGAGGGCGGGGGUGGAUGUGUUUGUGGGGUACGGUGCGAACGCCACGGUGCAGGCGACGUAUGCGGGGCAUCUGUUCCACUGGGACCGCCAGCGCUACAUUGCCGACAACAAACGCACUGAUGUGCCAGUGUUCCACGCGGUGUCCAACUUCGUGCCAUGGCGGGACGCACUAGUAAAGGAGCUCAUGAAGCACGUGCCCAUGCACUCCUUUGGCGCGUGCCGCUCCACCACCGCACAGCACGGCAGCGAGCUGCAGCUCUACCCGCACUGCGCACACACGUACGGCGCGCAGGAGCGGUGGCAGCACCACACGCACUGCGUGCAGUCGCACUACCUGUUCUCGCUCGCCAUUGAGAACACGCGUGCGCCCGGCUAUGUCACCGAGAAGUUCUUCUACCCGCUGGAAGCUGGCACGGUGCCCAUCUACAUAGGAGCGCCAGACAUCGCAGCGUUUGCGCCCCCCGACUCGUACAUUGACGCGUCAGGGCUGUCGCCUGCGGAUCUGGGCGCCAUGGUGAGGCGCAUAGCAGCGGACCCCCUCGAGUACAUGGGCUACCAUGCCUGGCGCAGGUUGCUCCCCGCCCUCUCCCUCCCACAUCCUUCAUCCACUGCCCCCGGGGUGGCGGCAGCAGGUGUGGAGUGUAUGGCAACUACUCGAGAGCGCGCCAGAUGUCUCUCGACACGCUGCCCUGCCGCCUGUGCGAGCACAUCAGCCUCAUGGGCGGCACACACCACCCACGCCCUUGACGCUGCUCUGCAUGCAUCCAGGCACACUGCGUGUGUGUAUGUGGAUGGCAUGUUGAUGCUCGGCUAA